GUCGCGGACUUUGCUUCCGUAGCUGCAGCUCUUGGCGAGUCCAGACCGGCAGCUCCCAUCUCACCUGUAAACACAAGGUCCAGCAGUGUCUGCCUCUUCCCGCUGUGCUCGCAGCGCGGGACCAUGAGGAACACGAGCAAGGAACUCCAGGGCGCGGCGGCACAACGCUACGCUCCCUGCGAUUGGUAUUACCAUCACCCUGUGAAGCUGUCUGAGAAGGCUGUGGAUGCCCCACCAGCAUCCCAGAUCCCAGGUCUCAGCCACUGGGGAGACUCACGUGAGAAUAUGCUCGGAAACCGGCGAUACUGGAUAAAAGAAACAGAUUCAGAGUAUGUGAAGCUUGCAAAACAAGGCGGCAGGUCCGAUUUGUUGAUGCACUUGGCCCCCGGGACCAGGAAGGGCUCUGCAGCUGCCUACUCCCUGCCAGACUGGUAUAUCCACCACAGCAAGCCACCGACGGCCAACCAGCGGGAAGUUCCUGCCUUCUCCAUGCCAGACUACAUGGUUUAUGAAGAAUUUAACCCCGAUCAGGCCAACGGCAGCUAUGAGUCCAGGAGGGGGCCCUUCGACUUCGACAUGAAAACGGUUUGGCAAAGAGAGGCUGAGGAACUUGAAAAGGAGAAAAAAAAGGUGAAGCUACCAGCCAUUAACUCAAAGUAUACGGGCAAAGUGGGGACGCCAGUUGGCCCUAAAGACCCUUCUGGAAGUAGAUUCUCCUUCCCUCCGAUGCCUGGCCAGAAAACCAGUUCACCAACAAACUUUUCCAAACUUAUUAGCAAUGGUUAUAAGGAUGAGUGGUUACAACAGCAUCGAGCUGAUUCAGACAAGAGGACCCCAAAGACACCCAGGGCGUCUACAUCGUCAUCUCAGUCCACACAAGACCUGGAAGGGCCCCAGGAUGCAGAGGAGACACCCCAAGACACAGAGACCCCCAAAGGCUCUGAAAAUGCUGAAGGCCCCGAAGGAUCUCCAUCCCCAUCAAUACCAGCAGAGCUCAAGUAAACCUGGAUGUAGGAUGUAUUUAGGAUAACUUUUUUAGUGGCUAAAUAUGCUAUUACUAUGCUAACAGCUAUAUUUCUAAGGCUCCUGUUAUAUUUUAUUGAUACAUAUCCUUAUAUUCUUAUAUUUAUCUUGUAGUGGAUUUGACAUUGCAUGAUAGUGCAAAUGUUGGGUUUUGUUUCUUACCUUUCUCUGGGAUG